GCUUGCAGUAGGCGUUGAUCUAGCCUCUCAUCCCAUUUCUCUAGUCCACAUGCCCUUCUCCUAGUAUUGUAUCCGUGUAAUCGAGUAGCAAAUCUAAUACAGUUGCGCGAUCCUCGCUCUCGAUUAGAUUUUUGUUGUCCUGAACCGAGGAGAGAAGAUGUCGGACGAGGAACAUCAUUUCGAAGGACCUGGAGGUCUAACUGGAACCUUCCAGCAGCAGGCUAGCAGCAUUCGAAGGAACGGCUUCAUCGUCAUCCAGAACCGCCCAUGCAAGGUUGUGGAGGUUUCAGCAUCUAAAACUGGGAAUUAUGGUCAUGGCCAGUGCCACUUUGCUGCUAUUGACAUCUUCACUGCCGAGAGAUUUGAAGAUACCGUGCCAUCUUCUCAUAACUGUGAUGUUCCUCAUGUGAAUCGCACUGAUUACCAGCUCAUCGAUAUAACUGAGGAUGGAUAUGUGAGUCUGCUUACUGAAAAUGGUAACACUAAGGACGACCUCAAGCUCCCAACAGAUGAAAGCCUUCUUGGACAGAUCAAGGAUGGGUUUAACGAAGGAAAGGACCUGAUGGUGAGUGUCAUGUCCGCCAUGGGAGAACAGCAGAUUUGUGGGAUCAAGGACAUCGGCCCGAAGUAACCUGCCAUGUUGGGCGUGGCAUGUAUUUUCUUGCGUGCGGUCGUAUCUGGCUGUUGGUAAAGAUGGAUUUGUGUGUCAAGGAACGAGGCUGUAUUGUCUGGGUUGCCGUGAUUUGUCGUCCUAAAUUCGUCAGUUAAAUGUAUCCUAAAACAUCACUCCUUGAGGGUUUAUCGACCCAUUUUUCUACCGUUAUUCUACCCAUUGUAAUGUUUACCUUUCUACAUACUGAAGGUUCUCUCUAUAUUGAGCCUCUCGUUCAUCUUAUUCUAACGGAAAUUCAAAUCUAUACCAGUUUGAAGAUUCUGUGUAA